AUGGCCCCAGCUUCACGCCCCCUCUCACUAAUCCGCGCCGAAGACGCCUCGUCCAUGUUCACAUCUGUCCACAGUUUCCUUACAGACAUGUGGGGUUCGCACCGCGGUGCCGCUCCCAGUAUCCUUGUUGCGAGGAAUGUCGAUACUUCUACCGAGCUUCUCUUUAGCAAGAGUCCCUCUGGGCGAGCAUACAUAGUGUUUUGGGCUAUUGUUGCGUUCCAGCUGCUUCUGAUUAUCAGAGCAUGCAUCGGCCUCCGUAUAAUGAAGGAGCGAGAGAUCAGGGAGAUCCGUAAGAUUCGCCAGGAGAUUAGCGAAGCGUGGCAGAAGCCGAAAAUAUCCAAGGCUGAGGAUUAUAAGGUCAUCCGUAUUUCUGAUGCAAUAGACGAUACGAUCGUGAUAUUGACACUUCAGGAGACAUCUCCCGCGCCGCCGCCCUGUAUACUCAAAAAUUGA